UCCAGUUAACACGUGCCCACCAGGUUGAAUGCAUCGCACGUGAGGCGAUCGCCGUCGUCGUUUCUUAACUUUCACUUUUGUAUAGUGGGCUCGUGGAACUGCCUUGUAUAUGGAGUAUGCAGCCGGUAUGCUAAAACUCACCAUACGCACGUACGUAGAAUUGUCGAGCGUUGAGGGCGACGAGCGGGAUGCCGCCAAUGGCAGACGCAUGUGUGGUGGUUAAGCGUGGUAUUUUGCUGGUGUCAAGACGGUCAAUCGUUUGAAUUUAGUUCGUUGAAAGGCGCGUCGCGAUGCAGUUGUGUUCCAAAGUCGCAAAAAUGGCAUUCAGCAAACAAACAAAAUGAUAAGCAAACAGUGCAUUGGUGUGGGUCAGACAGUUAACAUUUAAAUUGUAGUGAGCUGGGCGUUCUCUCGGGCGUUUCUUACAAAAUUUUGGAUUAAAAUUUAAUAAAUGGUUAAAUAAAAUAUAUUUAAAUUAAAUACUUAAAACCGGGUAAAAUUCUGUCAGGGCAGUGCUUCAAACUUGGAAGUGUGUGCUUGCUUACCAAUACUUCUGUGCGUUAAUAAUAGAAAUUACCGAAAAAAUUAUAGCGAAAUUUCAUUUUAAAAAAUUAUUAAAAAUAUAAUAAUUAAAAGUUUGGUUAAAAGUGUAGUUUAAAUAUAUAGUAUAAAUUUGGGGUGUCAAAACAAAAUUUAUCAGUGUGACAACAAUAAAAAUAAAAUGAAUUUAUAAACAAGAAAUCCAUAUUUUAGUGUGUCACUCAGAAAUUUAAAUUCUAACUUUUCUAAAAUAAAUCCGUAGCUGACUUCCGGCCAAUAUUGCCACUACUCUCUUCGCCACUCCUUUUUUCGCUAACGCAUUUGCUCGGCUGCUGGCAAACGAUUGGCAUUUAAUAGCCGAUUAUACAGAAUUUAAUUUACGCUAGUGAUGUGCCAUGAACGGGGGACCCAUGAACCCUGACCACAUAGUGUCAACACAUCAGGCAACGAUGAUGCCACUUCUGCCGCGCUUGCGAAAUGAUGACGCCAGAAGCAGAUGAGACCGCGAUAAGAGCAAUUAAACACUCAUUGGCUUUGUUAUUGCACCAAUUAAGUUCGCCAUUAAAAGUAUUAAAGAAGAAAGUGCGCAUUAAACGCGAGCUGAAGAGAUAGUGGAAAUAGCGCAAGUAAAGCCAACCGCAAAUCCGUCUGAGGCACAUAAGUCAAAGCAGAAAGGCAGAGGAGUAGAAGAGCAGCAACAGUUACUGUUGCAAGUAACGCAGAUUUAAAGCGAGCUACAAGCGAGUUGAACGUUAAAAACCUAGCGCUAUAAUCAAUUGAUGAUCACCAUCACAAACGCACAAGUCGAAUAUACAAGCUGUAACAAUAAAUAAUUAGUGGAUAUAUUCCAAAUAUCAAGCAGUAAAACGAUGUGGGCUCACACAGCUUACCACCGACCGUUGGUAUUGCUGAUGUUGUUGUUGCAAACAUGCUCUAACUUCAACUUGCAUGCGGAUGCUGGUGUUGCCGCAUCCACCGCAGUGUUGCAGUCCGCCAUUGUCGUGGCGGAAAUGAGCUCCGAGCACACUGACCUAUAUAAUAUCCGUCACGGACGCUCUAAGGUGCGACACUCCAAUGAGAAGGAGCAUCUCCUUUGGGCCAUGCGACCACAAAACACGCCAGCAGGAAACGAUAAUGCUAAAGCAGCCGCAAACACCCGAGGACAAGGUGAGGGCGAAAGGAGUAUCACCGCAAAUAUUUCACAAAACGCCGCGGACUUAGCGAGCAGUGAUAUGAUGGCAAGCGACUAUGAUAAUGAGUUGAUGUCCGGUGCUGCAGAAAGCGUUGCGUACAACCUAACUGUGCACCAGAGCAGGAUGAAAGCUCAACAACUCAACGAGAAGCAAAUCCGGUUAGGUGAACUUUGGAGCGUCGAUGCGGACAGCAACAUACAAACGGGGAAUGGACAUUUAUUCGGCAGCGAUUAUUGGCAAAACUCGGAUGCGAAUGGCUCUUUGGUAAGCUCGGAAAUUAACCCGGCGGAGCGAUUAAAUCCUGCCGCAUACGCAAUACCAGAAAGGCGGUCACAUUCAGCUAUUAAACGAAAAUACACUGACAAAUCACACAAAUCGCUGGAUCAUUCCCACCAAGCAGCGAAAACAACCGACACACCAGAUGCUGGUCCUAGUGGGCUCGCCACCACCGAAGCGCCAGUUACACAUCGCAUACGCAAACUGCAUAUGAAGAAGAUAAUGGAGAGCAUACGCAACAAUGCGAACAAGGGUAUUGGUGUGAAGACAUCGAAGAGCCAUCACCGCAGCCUGAUGACCGCUGAACAGCUGCAAGGUAGGCCAAUGGAUGUGGAAAUACAAAAUGACGAAGGCAGUGCAGCGGACGGCACAGACAUGCAGGAUGAUAGCAGUGUGGAGGACAAUACCGACAGUGAAGGUGUUAACCUCAGCGCAGAUGAAACUGUCACCGAUGAUGAAGACGCAGAUGGAGGUAGAGAUUUCAACAGCCGCAGUGAUGAUCAAGACGCGGAUAUCGAUAACGGUGCGGGGGGUAAUGAGGACGAUAGUGAUGAAAAUAAUGACCAUGACAUGACCAAUAAGAGUGUCGGUGGAAGUGAAGAUGCAAGCGAUAACACAUUAUUGUCCGACAUGGUUGGCACCAGCAAAAGCGACAGAGCAUUGAAUGAGGUUUUGCAAUUAGCAGACGAAUUAGAUAUCUCCGUCAACUCCAUGGAGGAUGUUUACCAAAACGACGAAUACAUGACGACAAGCUCAAGCUAUAUAACCACAAGAGCCGCAGAAAGUGCUGAGUCUGAGCAAGUUACAACAUCGGCUACACUUUUGGGUGGUGCAGCAAAUGCAUCAGUCACCGAAAUUCUUAACGACGGCGCUUUUGUUGAAAUCACCACAAACGCUCCCACGCAGCAGUUGCCAAAAAAGGCAACAACAAAAUUGCAACUUAUACCAAAAACAGUAGCACCAACUAAAUUGACAUUGUUGCCGACAACUUCAACGAAGGCAGAAGUUGUGCAACCGAAACUCGCAACCAUAAUGAAGUGGAAAAAUCAGACGCAGUCUGUGGCGCACCAAAAUGAAAUUGCCACAAACGAGCGAAGCACGUGGCAUGAUACUGGCAGUAACACGGCAUGGAGCGGCAGUUUAAGUGAGCAUGGCUUCGUUAACACGAAGAUAGCUUCGAAACCCAAAGACCUCGUUUACUCGAAUGAGAUGCAUGACACAACUGAGGUGUCGCAGUUCCAAAGCGCUGAGUUCAGUAACGAUACGGCAUCACUUGCUGAAGAAAACAAUGCAACUUUGAACACUUUGGAACCCAUUAAAAGUGGAGCUGAUUACCAAGAUUCCAUUUGGUUAACCAGUAACUUUUCGCAAGAGCCCAAUCAGUUGCCAAGCACGAGUGUCGGUGGUAUUGGCUUAGAUCGACAGCAGUCUUUCGAGAUUGAAGAGAUUAAUUUCGAGAAUGUUGUACUAGAUAAUACUGACGACAUAACAAUGGACGAUGGCCAUAUGGAUAAUCGCAAUGCACACGGUUUUCCAGUGAGUAGUUCGGGUGAUGUGAGUGCAGACGUAAAUGGUAGUGAAGAGGACGGUAACGAAACCGAUAACGGUGAAGACGACGAGACGAAUCGGUUUUUGGCCGGUGUAGUUGAUGCGGCAAACGAAGAUGAGAUUUACGAUUGGGACGAGAUAUCGCGUAAUAAUCGGCGAAACUUGAUGCGCGGUCGUGAUGUCGUAACGAAGUUCUUGCAAAUCGUUGAAACCCAACAUUUGCUUGGUGCCAAUUGUGAGGCGGGUACGUCAUUAAAUUUAGGCGAAGGCGUGGUGGAUCGUUACGCGCAGGAUCGCUUUCGUGUUGAAGCCGAAGUGGCGGUGAAUCGGGCGAACAUGUUGACCAGAAUUUUCAAGAUGACUGCACCGGCCGCGCAGGCCGACGUUAAUCUGCUGCAUGCUUCCGUGCUUUCGAUGGUUGAAUUUGACGACGACAUCUUUGCCGCUGGAAAUUGCUUCGAUUGGAAUGAACAUCCUUCGCAGUUGGGACUUUUCUGCCCAUUCGCCUAUCGUCUGCCAGCCCCACACCUCGGCGCAAUCCUGGCCAAGGACCUCUCCAUGGAAUAUCAUUAUCUCGGCAACACGUCCGAAUGGUUCUUUCAAGCUCGCAAAAACGCCGAAAAAGUGAUUAUUCGCAACGAGCAAUAUCUAAAAUCUUUCCAUCUUUACUCUAACAAAACCGAAGAGCGCGUUGAGGACGACACGCUGGCUGUAAAAUACGAGGACGGGCGCUGGUCCAAACCUUACUAUGACUGCGGUGGUGGCAACAUUUGGAUGCUGACGUAUACGGUACCGUUUUUCGGCUACGAAAAUGGAACAUAUCAUUUUAAAGGAACUUCAGGCAUCGACAUCGACUUGAGGCGUGUGGAUAUCGAUCAAUGUCCGCAGCGAAACUCGCCGGGCAGCACACAACCACUGAACAUAUUCGCCGGCACCGACAAGUGCAAACAACGCACAACAAUGUGUGAGGCGUUAAAAGGAUUGGGCUUUCGCCGUGGCUCUUAUAAAUGUGUUUGCCGCAAGGGCUAUUACUUUCCAGACACCAUGUCUUCGCAAAAGUUCUUCAAUGGCAGCCUGUUGGAGGAGGAGUACGAGAAGCUAAUGCUGGGCAGAAACUCCACAUACAAUAUAAUCAAUGAGUACGAGUGCCUGCCGUGCGCCGAGGGCUGCGAUUACUGCGAGGACGGCUCGCCUUGUAUUGCAGCGCUUAAUUGGCCGAUGCGAACGAGUAUUUUGGUUCUGGCUUGCACCGUUAUCGGUUUACUACCGCCGGCCGCAUGGUUCACAUUCCGCUAUCAACAAGUGAAGGUUGUUCGUGCCGCCAGCCCGGCUCUGUUGCGCGUCAUUGCCCUGGGCGCUUUCUUCAUCUACUGCACAAACAUUGUGAUGUAUCCCAAUCCGAAUCUGUACACCUGCACGGCGCGAAUAUGGCUACGCGAAAUUGGAUUUUCACUAACAUAUGGAGCUUUGAUGCUUAAAACGUGGCGCAUUUCGGUGAUAUUUCGUGUUCGCUCAGCAAAAGCGGUGAAAAUCACAGACGCAGCACUACUGAAGCGGCUCGGCAUUAUUUGCGGUGUCAUUGGAACGUGCCUGCUGGUGCGUACAUUGGUUGCACCGCCCGAUGUUGUGGUUGGCCGCACUGCUGAUGAUCUGAAAGCAUUUUUAUGCAAAACGGAUUACUGGGAUUACACUUUCACAUCGAUGGAGGUGCUAUUUCUCGCCUGGGGUGUGCGCCUUUGUAUUAUGGUGCGUAAGGCGCCUUCCGAAUUCAAUGAGAGUCGCUUCAUCUCCAUGGCCAUCUACAAUGAAUUCCUGCUGACUUGCUUCCUCAACGUUUCGAUGCUCUUCCUGCAAUCGCCGGCUAAUCCUGACCUGCUCUACAUCAUUUUCUUCUGUCACACACAAUUGACGGUGACACUUUUAUUGUGUUUAAUAUUCGGUAGCAAGGUUUAUAUUGUGUUGCGCAGCGGUAAAUCGCAUCAGGAGACCAUUGGCAUGGGCGCCAAAUCCUCUGGCGCCAAAUUCAAUUUUCGUCCACAGGUGCGCACCUUUGCUAAUCCCAGUUCGGUUACCACCUCCACCGUUCCCGUGGCGGGCACUACUUCAGGCGACACCAAACUUUCGGACCAGGAAGCACUUGAAGAAAUCCGACAACUAAGUGUGCAGCUACAGCGCAUUCAAGAGAUGGCGCCACCGAAAGGUGUUGCCGUUAUGACAAUCUCCAGUCUCUUAGACGGACUUAAAACGCCAGGAGGUAUGAUAAUGGUCGCCGCCGCCGCAUCUCAGGCAGCCACAUCGAACAACCAACUAACUGUACGCCCAUAUACGCCUGGCGGUGCUGGUGGCGUAUCUGUAAGCAGUGCCGGCGGUGGUGCUUUGCCAUUGCUCUCACUCAAUACCGAAAUGGAGAAGUACAAUCAACAGAUGCAGACGACUCACAACAACAAUGUCACGGCUGCUCCUGCGGGCAAUGCUGCUAAGCCGACGCAACCGAAAACACUAAUGCUGGAGGUGGAGACCAGCACAACCACAAUCGAAGAGUCUCUAUUGGCGCUGCGUGAAGACCGCGCCAUUAAUACUGACUUAACGCGGAGCGAGGAUUUCCAUCAACAAGCACUGGGCUGUGCGCAGGGGCACAUCAUUUGCACGCGCUGUUUGGUUAUUUCCAAAGAACACUAUUUCAGCUGCCGGCCAUUUACCCCGCCACAUGGCUUAGCGGGUCGAGAUGAUGGCAGUGGAAAAAGACAAUGUGGUGGCAAUAGUGAUCUUUGUAUAUAUAGUGGUGCCACUUGUCAACAGCUCGGUUCGCCACAGCCGGAAGGCAGCAUCAGCUUUGCGAAUAUAAAACUGGAAUGUAUGUGCUCGCAGCCUGACUUGGACAUCGAUGCAGAGGCGGAUGUGUCAUUGAGGAGACGCAUCAAUGUACGCAGCGCUGCUACCAAUACACCACCUUCCACGAGAGGCAGCAGCAAGCGACGAAGUGGCCGUACGAAAACGUGCAGCCCCAGCUUGCAGGAUAUCGGCAGUGAGAGCUUAGGAGCAAACAUCAGCUAUCGUAUAUGUGAUAAUUGUAAAAAUAAGUAUCGUAAUAGCAAUAGGUGUGGUGGUAGAAAGUUCCGAAAGAGUAUCACGAAUGAACGAAAUUCGCGACAACUGUCGUCCGCAACAACUGCAGCAGCUACAAUAAUAAGAGCCGGCGAUGAACGCCUAGCGCAAAAGAACAGCUUAGCAGCACGAACUGGCGUAACUCAGACGCGUAGCAAUGACCUGCUUGACCGGCAACCUGCGACUGACCUAUCUAGUACCCAAGCGUUCGCGAGCCACAGACAAAAGACACACUCCACAGACGACAUCAUCUUCUACACAACCACCGAUGAGAGCAGCACCAACAGUGAUGAUACUUCAGAUUGCGAGGGCGCGUGUAUUCGGCUGCGUAGUCGACAGCGCGAACUGACUUUUCAGUCGACGUCUGCACUUAGCACCGUAAGCGGCGAUUGUGGUGCAUUACACAAAGACACUGUUGCAACUUCAGAAGACUCUAUGGCGGCAGCGUGUAUCGCGGCAGCGGCAAAUAUUGGAGCUACGAGUGGAGAAGUCGCUAACAAUGUUCAAUCGUCGGGUGAUGUGUCGCAUAAUUCAAAAGGCACUGCCACAAAUGAAGAACCCAAGCCAAGCUCUGCAGUUGGUGAAGACAACAGCGCGCCAUCUAAUGGUGCUGGACGCGCAAAGCGGCCCGACAAACUGAUACUUGAUCUGAAUGAUCGCUCCAAGUACACUAAAGAGGUUUCUGUUUAGGUUAUUUUCGUUAGCAAUGUAGGUACUCUCAUGUAAAUUACUUUAGAGAGCGUUUAGCAAGUCAGGUUUUGUAUGUACAUACAUAGGUAUAUUAAAAAGUAGUAAGUUAAAAUUUUACUAAGGAACUUAGUGGAAAUAAAAACUUGAAAUGGGCCUGCAUAAAUUCAUAUGCACUCUGAGGAUUUGAAAAGAGCAACUAUAUCUAUAAUAACGACGUGCUGCUAAAGAGAAAGCAUGAUGAAUACUCAGUAGACUAACUAAAUAUAAGUUAGGUUAUGUGACUAAGUAGGAAUGUGUACCUAUAUUGUCAGCCAUUUGAUGGCUCUAUUUGCAGUAUAUUAUAAGGUUUGUUAAUUUCUAAAAUAUUACUAACUCAUAGGUGAUAUUGUAGUGAGAUUAUUUAUAUUUACUAAUUAGGGACUACUUAAAGGUAAGUACGAUGCUUAAACCUUAAGUUGUUGUCAGCUGAGCUUCAUCAUUUACACGUAACAAAGUUCGCUCUUGUGACGGUCAAUGAAUUCAUGAAAAAGCUGUUUUAAUGUAAGACCUUGUGGUAAAUUGAAGAACUAGUUUGCUGGAGUAAUAAUGACCCUUUAUACCAUAAACAUCAAUAUGUCCUGUUUGGUCAUCUUAUAGACUUUGACACUUUAGUUUCGUAUCAUUUGUGUCUGUAAAAGACCAAGCGUAGUUGAUCAUUAAUACAUUUUUCCUUAAAUACCAAAAAAAAACAAAACGGAUUAUUUUUGAAAGUUGAGCCUGUCCGAUAUGUAAUUAUUAAGGUUAAGGAUUUAGGCUAUAAGGAAUUCAAAACAGCACUAAAAUCGGUUAUCGAGUUAAAAAAGAAUAUAAUUUUUCUGUCGUGCCUUUUUCCAGUUAUCAAUAAAAAUAUGUUAUCUUCAACACAAUCCGUUCUUUGAGAAUAUACAAGUAAUAAUAAGCAAAUGCUUGGAUAUUCGGAAAUUUUCCAUAACGGUUGGUUGUUAUUGGUAAAGCAUAGCAGCUUCUUGAGAGAUUAUGUGAUACCUGGUUGUAAGAAGCUUUUCAGAAUAUAAGUAACAGCCAUUUGAAAACGCUCUUCAUUUCUCUUGUCCUUCAAUAACUGCAGUGUCAUUAACCUGGCAUCUAAGUUCCUUUUUCGAUAGAGGCCGUCAGCCGUUGUAUGCGUUUAUGAAGAAGCUCUUCGAUGAACUCAAGGCUCUUAGAGCACUGUGAUUUGUGUAUAAAACUAGUAAAUUUAAGAUAGCUAAAAAGUUUAGGUAGUUUUAAAGCAAAAACAAAUAAUAUAUAGAUAUUUUUUCUUUCUAUAAUGGUUACUCUCUCUUUCUGCCCUUCAUUACUUCAUAUAAUAAGCCUUUUAUCACUUUGAAGUCACUAUAUAAAUAUUUUUGAAUAGAAAUUUUAUAUUUUAUUCAUCCUUCUCUUGCUUUCAUCGUAAGUGCAUGUAAAUAUCUAGCUUGAAACACUCACUCUCAAAGAGAUUCUCUCGCUCUGCUGGCCCCUAACUAUGGCAACUGAUUCUGCAACUGAAAUGAGCCCUGAGUUGCACAAUCAUUUCGCCAUGCAUUAAUGCUAAGCGCACAGUUGUGGAAUCUAUUGGAAUUACAGUGUUUCUAGUAACUUAGUUAGUAUCAUUCACAAUUGAGAUACUCUUAGCGCUGAACUAUCGCAAACAAGUCAACUAAUGAAAUGACUUUUAGCUGUUUGUAAAUAAUUUACAACCGUAAUUUUUUCCUAAAAACGUACACAUGUACAAAGGAAGUGUGUUUACAAUUACUGAAAAUAUAGAAGAAAUAUUUUUUACUCUUAAUUAUUAAAAAUUCACAUAUCUCUGCCAAAGAAGUUACGAUAAAAUAGCAAAAGUAAUGAAAAGUAUUAUUAAAAUUUGUAAUUAUCAUACAUAAUUCAUAAAUAUAGACCUUAAGUAUUUAUUAUGUAAAGCAAGUUUGUUGGUCAUUAAAACUAACUGUAUAUAGACAAAUAAAUCCUUAUGUAAAGCGCAUUCGCACAAA